CUGGGUUAUGCCUUUGCUCUCCGUUGCUCCUCACCUCCAUCUCUCUCUUCGCCUUUCUCUCUAAAAUCUCAGAACUCCGAAUUGCUCCCUUUCACGCACCAUAGCCCUAUUAAUUAUUAUCUCCUUCUUUGGUUCCAGCUGUUAUAAGAGGAGUGUUAAGGCAAUAGUGCUUGAUAGGGAUGGCUGGGAUUGCUAUUGAGGAACCUGGAGUUGGGAAGUCCGUGGAGGGAAUGUUAAGUGGGCAGCGAUGUCAAACUGGGGAAGCACUGGCUGAGUGGCGGUCUUCUGAGCAGGUGGAGAAUGGAAUCCCCUCGACUUCACCCCCUUAUUGGGACACUGAUGACGAUGACGAUGGACCAAAACCGUCUGAGUUAUAUGGAAAAUAUACAUGGAAGAUAGAAAAAUUUUCUCAGAUUACCAAACGGGAACUUCGCAGUAAUGCAUUUGAGGUUGGCGGCUACAAGUGGUAUAUUUUAAUUUACCCACAAGGUUGUGAUGUCUGCAAUCAUCUCUCUCUGUUUCUUUGUGUUGCAAAUCAUGACAAACUUCUUCCAGGAUGGAGUCAUUUUGCUCAAUUCACCAUAGCUGUGGUCAAUAAAGACCCAAAGAAAUCAAAGUAUUCUGAUACGUUGCACCGAUUUUGGAAGAAGGAGCAUGACUGGGGAUGGAAAAAAUUCAUGGAGCUCUCGAAGGUGUAUGAUGGAUUUGUUGACACUUCUGACAAUCUGAUUAUAAAAGCUCAAGUUCAAGUCAUUAGGGAGAAAGCUGACAGGCCUUUUCGUUGCCUUGAUUGUCAGUAUAGGAGAGAACUUGUAAGGGUGUAUUUGACAAAUGUGGAACAGAUUUGCCGUCGUUUUGUGGAGGAGAGAAGAGGCAAACUUGGGAAGUUGAUAGAGGAUAAAGCUAGGUGGUUAAGCUUCUGUACAUUCUGGCGGGAAAUUGAUCAAGCUUCUAGGUGCCGCAUGUCUCAGGAAAAGACAGAUGUAAUUUUGAAAGUAGUUGUAAAGCAUUUCUUUAUAGAGAAAGAAGUGACUUCUACUUUAGUAAUGGACUCCUUAUAUAGUGGAUUGAAGGCUCUUGAAGGCCAUACUCCAUCAAAGAAAGGUACGGCAAAAUUGUUGGAUGUUGAGGAACUGCCAGCACCAAUUGUUCGCGUUGAGAAAGAUAUGUUUGUUCUGGUGGAUGAUGUUCUUCUUCUACUUGAGAGGGCGGCUAUAGAACCUCUUCCUCCAAAAGAUGAGAAGGGUCCUCAAAAUCGUACAAAGGAUGGAAACACUGGGGAGGACUUCAAUAAAGAUUCUAUUGAGCGUGAUGAAAGGCGCCUUACAGAAUUGGGUCGUAGGACUUUGGAAAUUUUUGUCCUUGCUCAUAUAUUCAGCAAUAAGAUUGAGGUUUCAUACCAGGAAGCUGUUGCCCUGAAGAGACAAGAGGAACUUAUCCGCGAAGAGGCAGCAUGGUUAGCAGAAAGUGAGCAGAAAGCAAAACGUGGACUUAAUGAUAGGGAAAAGAAAAAUAAGAAGAAACAGGCCAAACAGAAACGGAACAAUCGAAAAGGAAAGGAUAAAGGGAGGGAGGAGAGGCCAACCAUGGCUGUACUUGACAAGCACCAUGAAAAUGCUGCUGAUGAGAAAAAGGAUUCUAACAUGGAGGAAGUUCAUACUCAGGAUGAAAAGUUUGAAGCCCUGGAUGUUGUGUCUGAUGCGUCAGACUCCAUUGAUGGAGUUGGUGAAGUGCUUCAGCUUGACUCAGAAGACAGAGAUGCUGGUCCUGCUAAUUGGGAUACUGAUACAUCUGAAAUUCAUCCUACAACUGAGGCUAGUAGCAAUGGGGUAGGCAGCCUUUCAUCUAUGCAAAAUGGAAUUGCUGAGAAGAGAAGCAGUUUAGUGAUGGAUGACAGUUCUUCAACAUGCUCCACUGAUUCGUUGCCAUCUGCAGUGAUGAAUGACCGGACCUCAUUUUCAAAUUACAAAGUCCAAAAGUCCCCUAGCAGAAGUAAGAACCAAGGUAAAACAUCAUGCGGUGGAGGUAGUUGGACAACUGAAAUGGAUAGUCAGCUAUCUGGUUCCACUGCAGAGGUUGGGGACAUUAAUAAUGCAUCAGGAAGUGGUAAAGUUGGUCAAUCUGAGCCCGAGAGUGGUGUUCUUUGCUUGCAGGAUCGAUUAAAGUGGCUUGAGAAGCAUGACAGCAAGGAAGACGAGCAGAGCACUGAAGAAUGUAUUGAUGCUGAAAGAUCUGUUGAAAUAGAAAGCCUACAGAAAGAGAAGACAUCAGUGGUGCCAUCCUCACCAAGCAGUCCUCAAGGGAGCUUACUCUCAUCUGUUAAAAUGAAGUCAGAACACCACGCUAGUGCUACUGUAGAUCCUGUUCAUGUCAGGAAAACAUCUUUAAGUGGUUCACAGCAAACUGACAAAGAUGCAUCUUUAACUUCGGUAUCCCAAGUAACAAUUGUGACCAAGAGAGAAUUCCAGAAGACUUCACCCCCUAGAUUAACUGAGAGAUCAAUGUCCCAAUCGCCUAUGAUGUCACGGCCUUCAAGUGCUCCUCUAGUUCCUGGUCCCAGACCAACUGCCCCUGUUAUUUCCAUGGUGCAAACUCCACUACUUGCACGCUCAGUGAGUGCAACUGGUUGCUUAGGUCCUGAUCCCUCUUCUGCAACUCAUAAUUAUGUUCCUCAGUCUUACAGGAAUGCAAUAAUAGGAAACCCUGUGGCCUCUGCUAGUCUCAGUCAUUCCAGCUCCAAUUCAGGCGUAAACCAAACUCCUGGUUACUCACAACCACCCCCCUUGGCAUCAUCACCAGUAUAUGUGUCGCAUAGCUUGGACAAAAUGGAUUCUAAUGCUGGCCAGUCUGCUCUUCCCUUUGGCAUGAUUACACAGGAUAUUUUACAGAAUGGCCCGCAGUGGCUUGACGGCUCACAAAGGGAAGCCAGCAGGAGUAUGCACUAUGAACCACCUUCACGACUUAAUGAAGUUCAAAACCUUGACUUCUACAGGUCGGUACACAAUAGAUCUCUGGGAAAUAUACCCGGUGAGUUCCUAGCCUGCACAUCGGGGCGUCAGAGCCAAGGAUUGCUCGUGGAUGAGUUCCCACAUCUUGAUAUCAUAAAUGAUCUGCUUGAUGAUGAACAAAGUAUCGGGGAGACAACCAGUGCAAGUUCUGUCUUCCAGUCACCCAAUGAUGGACCGCAGUUACUAAAUCGGCAGUUCACUUUUCCUGGAGACUUAGGUACAAAUGAUUUGGGAUCGUCAAGCAGUUGUAGGUUUGAGCGGUCACAUAGUUACCAUGAUCCUGGGUUUCAGCAAGGUUAUAGCUCAUCUAGUGGGCAUUUUGACUCACUGAGGGAUUAUCUUCCCCAGGUGAGUACACUACCAUAUGGAAAUGGCAAGGUAGAUAGGAUGAUGCCAAACCAGUGGCGGGUGGCUGGAUCCGAUCUGUCUUAUUUAGGAAUGAGAAAUACGCAAAAUGGUUACUCAUACUAUCAAGAUUACUCAAACACGAGUGGUGUCAAUGGCUAUACUGUAUUCAGGCCUUCAAAUGGUUCCUAGAGGAAAAAGGAUCAGGAAGGUUGCCUACACAUUAGUAGUAAACAAAAGUAAUAAUGUACUUGAGGAGAUUGUUGGGUUUCUUUGGAUUGGAGUGAGGUUGUAAUCCCUUGAUAAAAUAUUUUGUAAAGAGAGCUGCUGAGUAAUUUGCUUCCAGUUUUUAUUGAAAGUAGACAUGUCCUGGCUUCCCGAAUUAUCGUUA